AUGGCGAAUCAAGAAAGAAAUACAAAGGCCACCGAUGAUGCAAUGUCAUCGUCUUCGGACUACAAUCUCUAUGUCCCCAUGGACAUCAUCUUCGACAUUCUGAAUCGUCUCCCUGUCAAAUGUCUCCUUCGAUUCAGGUGCAUAUGCAAAACCUUCCGCCACCUUAUCUCUAACCCUACCUUCAUCUCAUCCCACCUCCUCCACCACCGCACCACUACCACCGCCACCAUUUUCACCUUCAAACACCGCUCUACCACCUCUCGCACUCUGUUACAAUCACCUUCAUCGUCUAAAGACCCUAACAAUCUGGUCUACCCAUUUUCCAACCACACUCGCAAUCUACACCUAAUCGGCUCCAUUAAUGGCCUCCUCUGUCUCCGUCUCUCUCUGUCGAACCAUCCACUCCAUUGCCAUCGAUGCAUCAUCAUCCUCCUCUGGAACCCCGCUACCAAACUCUUCAAAUCUCUCCCCUCUCCCACCAUCCAAAUUCCUCCUAGGUUUUUUUCACCCCUCUCACGGGUUCGGAUUCCGAUUCCAUUCUACUACUUCUUCCAGUGA